AAGCAGAGCUCAGGACCUGAGGGAGGAAGAGGAGGAAGCUGCCCAGCGAAGCCCGGCUCAGGCUCCCCGGACCCGGCUCUGGUCCCGGCCCUCCGUGGGUCCAGUCAUGGUUCUCCUCCGGAACAUCUCGGUCGUCCUGACCGCCGCCGUGGCCGCGCUGGGCUCCGCGCUCUUCAUCGCCCUGAACUUCUUGUACCCGCGGCGGGUCUGGUCUCCUCAGGCGGAGUACAGCUCCAUCACAGAGGAGGAGGAGGAGCGUGAGAAGCGUCAGGUUCUGGUUCUGGGUCUUGACGGUGCCGGGAAGAGCAGCAUGCUCCAGGGUCUGACCCCCGGGGAGUCGGCGAUGAAGAGGGGGCAGAGCCGGCCGACCCGCGGGUUCAACUUCUUGAGCCUGGACGCCCCCGCCUGUCAGCUGGACUUCCUGGAGAUUGGUGGAGGGGAGGAUCUGCGGCGGUACUGGUUGGACUACCUGAGACGGACUCACAUUCUGGUGUACGUGGUGGACUCGUCCGACAGGAGCCGCCUCCCGUUGGCUAAGGCCGAGCUGCACCGCCUCCUGAGGGUGGAGCCUCAGCUGCCCGUGGUCGUCCUGGGAAACAAGCAGGAUAAGCCCGGCGCUGUGAGCGUGUCGGAGCUCCACCAAGCCUUGUCUCUGGAAGCUGUGGCCGACGACAGGAAGCUGUUCCUCUUGGCUGCUCAGCUGGACUCUGAGGGCGCCAGGAGGAGGUCCUGCCAGGGUCUGGACACGGUCCACGACCUCCUCCUGCAGCUCGUCUGACCUCCAGUCCUUGGACGGCUCCACCAAAGAGGAAGAGGAGGAGCUGCUUCGUCGUGAGAUUCAAUUCUGUAUUUAAAUGUCAGCCUGUUACCGGCAUGUUCACUGUGAAGGACCGGAGCGACGUCUGUUUUUAGAAGACCUGAUGGAGAAAAGAACAUUUUAACCACCAUAAGUCUGUUUACUGAAGCGUUUCUGAGCUCUGGUUUGAUUUGAGUGAAGAUUUCAAAGGAAACCCGUGAAGUUCAGGCGCUGCCUAAAUAUGAAUCUAUAUUUCAUCCGAGUGGUUCUAAAUGUUAAAAGAGCUGCUCUCGUUAUGAGCAGCCGUACGUAAACAACCCAAUUAAAGUUCAACGUUUCCCCUUCAGCGGAGUUUGAUAAAACAAGGUUAAUUUUAUUUGGUUAGUUAAAAAGACGACGUUUGAUAAAGCACGGGGUGUAUUUUAUUCUGAAAUGCAACGUCUACGCUGCGUUAGUCUUUUACCUGCAGCUAAAACUCACCUUUGCAUUUGUAGCUUCACUGACGGGCCGGGUGUGUAGCGCAAUACGUUUUAUUUUAUCACACGGUGAAAAACACGUCAGGAGGAAGUUACAACUCGGUAAAAAGCGCCGUAACAGAGCCACAAGUAAGAAAUCUGAGACAACCUUCAGCUUUAUUUCCUAUUUUUAAUCACGCCAACAUUUUGCUUCGGCUGGUCAAAACAUCGAAGAGUCGUCGGAGCGUAGCUACGUGGUCAGAGGCACCGGGGGGGCAUUGGCCACCUCCAAAAAAUUGGUGUCCCACCCACUCUGGCCCCUCUUGAACAAACAGUUUUAUCCUUUUAAGUCUCGAGCUUUGAUUAAUAGAAACUCAUAAAUCUAAAACGUAUAAAAAUAUGUAUUUUAUUUAAAAUAAAACCUAAAAUCUAGCCCCCCUGGAUCAGGACAGCAGAUCUUAAACCUGGACUAUUCUACUGAAUUGCUCGGGGGGGGCACAGUUACUGAAACCCAAGAGCUCAGACAUGCAGCAGUUAUUGUCAUGAAGUUUGUUUUACGACUUAAAGUCUAGUUUUAUUUGAAAAUGGACUCACUGGUGGGCCGUACUGGGCUCAUCCGUGGGCCUGAUUUGGCCCCCGGGCCACCAGUUUAAUAGCCCUGUUUUAAACCGAUGUCAACAGCAGGAUGCAGCGUCUGUCGAGGUUUUAUUCAGAAUAUUUUCUUUAAACAAACGCAACUCGUUUUACUCUUUUUAUACGUCUAUAAUAACCUUUUUAUGUUCAGCAACAAGCAAAUGAAACGUUUUGGAAUUAAAGGUGGCGACUUUAAACCGAGCAUUAGUUGUUUCUAGUGUUUAUGUGCCCCUUCAAAUUAAACAUGUGCGUUUUAGUUUUAUUGUACCACCCCAGGAUUUUAAGUGCCCCCGCCCCCAUUAAUAUAUUCCUGGAGGCGCCCCUGGUCACAGCUGAUCCCGUCCAACUUUUCUCCACGACUAAAGCGGCUCAGAGUUGAAAUGUCCGGGCUGCCGUUUUCAUUUUGUUGAUUUCAAAACGUCCGUUUCAGAUUUUACAAACGCUCUUUGCUGUUGAACGACGUUUACCGGAUCACACCUGUUUACAUCCAACAGAUCAAUUUGAAGCAGGUGCAGGAACUGGACCCUCACGGCCUUCAAGUGUCGAGUCAGAGAUGUGAAAAGCUAAAAGCGACAUCAGAAUCCACAUCGUCGACAUACAGGAACAGCCUUUUAACUGUUUCACUGCCAGUUACUUUAGUUUACAAUAAAUGUUGUAAAGGUUAUGAAUGCAUUCUGUAGGUUUUCUUCCUGUAGCCUCUGCACGUUGUGCUGGUUUUAUCAACACGGUUUGUGCCGAGGCGUUAGUUUCAGUUAAACUGUAUUUGAUUGUUCCUGAAUUAGUUUUAUCUGUUGUGAGAAGACUUUUGUUGUAAACAAACUUAAAUAAACUGAACUGGUUUGAAGAAAAAAAAAUUAAACAAUCUUUUAUAAUUAAAAAAAUAUAUAUAUUUAAUUAAAAACUAUUUAAGCAAACGUAAACACAAACUUUUAUUAUGAAGCUGUACAGAUUGUA